UAUCAUAGUGAAAACUAUAAUGGACACAUUGAAGACAGACGACCCAGAGAUGACUUCAGCAGAAGAAAAUCUGGAUAGGCUUCUGUCAAUUGAAGCCCUUCAAGAUGCGUCUGGCAACCUGAUCGCAAAGGUCCAUGGUCUCAUUCAGGAGAUAACCAUAAGACGCCAGCUUCAAUCCAUGACUGGCCACAGAAGCCUCUCUCAACCAGCGCUGCCAAAUCCAGCACUGAGGAAGCUGUCAAAGGACGAUGCGUCAGAGCUCGUUUACAGCUUUGCCCACACUUCUGUUAGCAGACUCCUGGGGCAGUGUUUGGGUAGGCCUAUGCCACCCACUGCUGACAGGGUUUUGGAUCAGGUCAUCAAGUUGAUGACAGACAUGGUGAUGGACAGUCUGACUGAUCUGUCCAAGUCUGCAAUGGAGGGUGACACCAGCAAUGCCGCAAGUGACAUCACUCAUGGCGUUGUGGCUGACCUUAAUGCUACUGAGGAAUUCCCUGCCAGGGGCCUUAGCCCGGCUGAUGUAAAGGCUGACGGCAUGGCCUCUGCCAAGAGACUAAGAAGAACAGGAAGUGGCGCUUCCUACCCAAAAUUGCUGUUCAAGACAAAAGGGGAACCGAAGAGCACCCUGAACAGGAUGCGCUGCCUACCAGACUCGUAUUUCACAGA